AUGGCCGAAGUCCUGACCGACCCAGCGCUCGUCGCCGUCGCGGCCUCGGACCUUGCCCAGGAUGCGCAACACGUCGCCCUGCCGGCCUCGUCCAAGGAGCGCCACUCUCUGACGCUCGAUCAACGCCGUGCCCUGCGCCGCUGGGCCAAUAGCCAGGCCGUCAGGCCCUCGCACAAGGCAUGCAUCGAGUGGUUCUACUCGCAGUACGGCCAGCAGAUUAGCCAGUCCACCGUCUCCCACUCCCUCUCCCCCAAGUACUCGCGCCUCGACGGUGACAACCCCCAGCUCUCGGGCUCGCGCCUGCGCUUCGGCAACUGGCCUGACGUCGAGAAGCUCGUCCUUCUCUGGUUCCAGCAGGUCCAGGCCUCGGGUCGCCAGCCCACCAACGAGGAGCUGGGCGAAAAGGCGAAGUCAAUCUUCAACCAGCUGCCCCGCUACAAGGACGAAACCCCCCCCGAGUUCUCCCCUGGAUGGAUCCACCGGUUUAAGAAGAGAUAUGGUCUGCUUGUUCGCCGGCAGCGGAGACACGGAGACGGCGCCAUAAAUCCCGCCGAGGACAUCGAGUACCUGGCCGACUGCGUCCCGCGCGUCAUGGCCAUCGCCUCCGACACGAGCCCAGCUGCCAUCCGGGAGCAGGUGCUGCGCGUCGUCGGCGUCGAGGCCAGCCUCAACACAUGCGCCCUCGUGCGAGACGAGGUCAUUCGCCGCAUCACCGCCGCCCACUGCCCGCCCAUGUCACACAUACCGCCCCCUGAUCCGCCGACUCCUCCGCCCCCGCCCGAGCAGCCCAUGUACGCUGACGAUGACGCCGAGGUCGUCCUUCAAAAUGCACUGCGCCAGCUCCAACAGGAAGAGCAGGCCGCAGAGGAGCAGGCCGCCGCCGUGCGAGAGGAGCGGGAGCGCCAAGAGAGGGCAGGUAUGCAGGCUACGGGCAUCAUGACGACCCCCGGUGGACGCGACUCUGCCGACCCGCGCUACGGAACCCCGACACAGGAGCUCGCGCCAGAGCUCACGCUCACGCCAAUACACUCCGACGGGCCCGUGUCCUCGCACGAUCGGCCGCUGCGAUGCCCAUUCUGCGUCAACCAACGAAUGCUUCGCACCAUCAAGGAGGCCGUGGAGCACAUGUCGACUCACGUCGUGGUAUAA